GCUGCUGGUUCCCCUCGCUCGUCCCUCAGGACAUCCUCUACCGUGGCGUCUUGCGCAGGAAGCUCCGGGCAGGCAAGCCCGGAGCCACCCUGGAUUUCACCAGGCAGCUGGGCCACUUCUUUGUGGAUCACCCAGAAGAGGCAUUUGGCUCCCUGGGACAGCUGCUCCACCAGAACUUCUACCUGGGCAACUCCAAGCUGAGGAGACAGGCCCGGGACAGCACCAUCCGGAUGACGGCCCUGAUGGAGGAGAUUGACCGUCUGGAGGCCAGGCGCGGCUGGCCCCCGAGCCUGCGCUGGUUCUCCCACCUCUGUCGUGACUGGCUCUUUGAGGUGCCGCUGGGGCUGCUGGCGGACUGCGUGCAUGAAGAGCUGCUCCUGCAGUGGACCAGCCUGCUCUUCGAUGACAGCCCUACGGGAGGGGCGCUGGCCUGGCUGCCUCCUGAAGACAGGGGGGCACGCAUGGGCCGCCUGGUGUACCCUGGAGGGCAGGCCAUGAACCACCUCUAUUUCCAGGAUGUGGUGCUGGAGGAGCUGCCCCGUGCCCGGGGCUCCCCAGCACAGUUUGAGCUCAACGGGCGCAUCCGGCAAGUGGCUGCCGCCCGGGUGGAUGCAGAAGAUUUCAUUGGCGUCCGCUCGGACUAUCACUGCGGCGUUUGGAGAGUGCCGGGCAGGAUGGGGGUGGCCCCCACCCCCUUGCAGGUCAUCCGCACUGACGUGCCUGCCUCAUGCCUCACUGUCAGCCCUCAUCUCCCCGGGGAGUUGGCCGUCUGCACCCAGAGCGGAGCCGUCUACCUCUGGAGCAUCGAGAUGGGGCUGCAGCGCCUCCGCCACGACCCCCAGACCAUGUUUUUUCGGGCCCAUUCCCCCUGGCGCUGGAGCGACUUCACCGCCCACCCGCGGGUGCUGAGCUGUGCCGACCGCACUGGCCUGCAGUGCCUGGAUGCCCGGGCCCCCGAGAGAUGCCACUUCGACUUGUUCAAGGUGGGUGAGGAAGCCGGCUGCCAGCAGGGCGAGCGUGUGGUGCUGCCCAUGUACCUGGGCAGGGCUCAUCCCUCCCAACACCUCGUCACCACCCAGUUCUCCAUGUAUAUGCUGGACGAACGGUUGCCGCUGGUGCCUGUGCUGAAGUGGGCACACAUGAUGAAGGCCCCCCCUCUCUUUGCUCACCUGAUGCCGGGGGGCCCUGGGAGGAGCCAUAAGGUGCUGCUUGGCACAUCCCGCACCCAGGAGCUGUUGCUGCUGCAAUAUCAGGGUGAGAGAUGGGGGGGCAGCCGGUCAGCCUGCCAGCUGGCGGGGCCGCCCGAAGCCAAAACUGGCUGCCUGCAACACCUGCCCACCCAGCUGCCGCACCUCCACUGCCUGCUCCAGCAGCGCCUCAGCGCCCCAGCUGCCGGGCUGGCCGCCACGCUGCAGGAGGACAGGCCACAGGAGUCCCUGCUAGUUUUCCAGCUCUCCGAGGCCGGGGAUGUCUUCUGCCAGAGGCUGACCCAUGAGGCAGUGCAAGACCCUGUGCCCACCUCGGGUGAUGAGACCGCGGCAGCCCCUGGCUCUUCCCCUCUCUUUGACACUCCAGCCAGCAUCCUGCCAAGCUUGGGUAGUGAAGAAGAGGAGGAGGAAGAGCAAACCUUCUACUUGUCCAACCUGGAGGUGAUUAUUAAUGAGGAGGAGGAGGAAGACGUGGGCACAUCAGCAGCCCUGGAGGAAGCCGAACUCCCCCAGGAGCCCUGCGCCAGCCCCCAGCCCUCCCCAGUAGGGCCCAGCCCAGCUUCUGCCCUGCGGUACCGUCGCUGGCUGAAGGCUCUUUUCAAGGGCUGGGGGGAGCCCCCCCGGCACACCUGGCCUCCCACCUUCAGCCAGAAACGCCUCUUCACCCGCAAAGACCUGGAAGCACCGGUGGGCCCCAGUGCCCUGCACCGGCAGGCACGCCAGCAACUGCGCCAGGCCAUGCAGCAAGGGGGUUGCAUCCAGCACUGGGACCCCCCAGCCCUUCAACCCCCACCGCAGUUGCUGGAGCCAGCAGGGUUUCCAGACCCCCUUAGCACCCGUCUGACAGCAGCGUGGUCCGGGGACUGGG